AUGGCUCCUGAGAUCAUCCUCUCAUAUCAUUCUGCCUCAAACUCUGCAUCUGCCAUCGGAAUGGGCUGGGCAAUUACGGGUGUUUCCUCCAUCGAACGCGUCAUCAACUACGACAGCAAGGACUGUUUCUCUUUGAAUGGCCAGCGCUUAAUGAGCAUUGGCAACAAUGAGUAUCGGUACGAACUUGAACAAUGGUCAAGAAUUGUCGCGGAGGGUUCCGACUCUGCCAACCCUGAUUCUUGGGUCGAGUACCUACCCAAUGGAUCCAAGCGUACCUAUGGUGCUUCAUCGAACUCCAACAUCAAAGCUGUCGGUCAAUCAGCCACCCGCGUUUGGAGCGCUACAGAAUACAUCGACGCAUUCUCUAAUUACGUUUCCUAUUCUUACCUCAACGACUCUUCCCAACCUUCUGGUUCCGGCGCUUUCUAUGUCUCUCAGAUUUCCUACGGCGGUAAUCGCAGUCUCGAAAUGGCACAUCAGCGUCGACUCGAUUUUACAUACGAAACUCGACCCGAUAUCACUGUGACGUACGUUGGAGGAGCAAAAGUGAUGAUAGACAAACGCCUCGUUUCAAUCGCAUUGACUGUACAAGGCGCGCUUGCCCAUACCUAUCGGUUGACGUAUGACCAGGCACCAUCCACCGGCGUCAGCAGAUUGAGUCAAGUUACCAUCGUCGAUCCAUCAGGUGCCAGUGUUCGUCCCCUGAAGUUCUCCUGGGUCAAUGGUAACCCAGCCGUCUUCGACAACGUCAAGGCGCCCGUUGUGCUCAACCCGAACGAUACUACCGCAGAGAUCUACCCCUUGGAUGUUUCGGCAAAAGGCAAAAGCGAUAUCGUUGUCGCAUCCAAGCGUCUGUCCGGUGGCGUCCAACAGCUUCAUUUAGACGUAUACGAGACGGACGUAAACGGUAACAUAAUGACCACUCCGAGCUCACAGUUCGAUGGAAUGCAAUAUCCCACUCAGCUCAUCCCACUGGAUUUCAAUGGGGACGGCCGAAACGAUUUCCUGCACAUCACACAGCAAUUAAACUCCCAUACCCUCACUGUUUUGCUAUCAACUCCUUCCGGUUACGUGGCUCAAGCGGGUUACGUGUUUACACCAGAGUUUAUAGGAGGCAAUUUCUACGCCGGGGAUUUCGAGGGAAACGGACACGUUGGUCUGGUGUAUAUAUAUCAGGUUCUCGUCUCUGGAUCACCCCAAAUCAAAUUUGUGCAGUUCGUUUCAGAUGGCUCGAAGUACACGGCGCUAGCUCCUGAGUUGGGCCCGCUCGGCGUUUCCGUGGACUCAGCCAAGGUGGUCACCGGCGAUAUGAAUGGAGAUCACGCCGAGGAUGUUUUCUUGAUCUCUUCCAAAUUUGUGCAAGGGAGCAAUAGCGUGCAUAUCGACCUACUUCAGUCACAAGAAGGGCGUCUUGUUUAUCGCAGCGAUCAACCCCUCGCUGGUGUAGGCCAAUCGAUAGCGUGGGUCCCCACCAUCGCGUUUCUUCCGUAUGACGCCGAAGACAAUGGCAAGGCAAGCUUGCUCGUUGCGACCAAGGACCUUUCUGGGAACUUGCAGGUACAGAUGCUUCGUAGUACAGGCCCUACGCUCCUCCCGCCUGGCGAGCCGAUCACAACGAACAUUGCCUAUAGUGGUAACAUAACACUGGCUAGGGCUACUAGCCCGUUUACUGUCGACGUUGUCAACACGUUCGCUACGAUAAGCGGCACAACGAAUGUCGACGUACUUCGAUUCUUCAGCAACAGUUUCGUCAGGGUCACAGGCGUUACUCAACCUGGGGUACACUCGUCCUUCGUUUCAUGGGCUGAUCUGAGGGGUAUUGGACGUGCUGACUGCCUGCUUGCCACCCACGACACCACUGGCAAGUUGAGCAUCGCCACUAUGCCUUGCUCGACGCUGCAGCCCGUCGACUACGUGACUGGUUACGAAAAUGGUCUUGGCGCGAAAGUAAACGUCACGUACGCGCCACUCAGUGACCGGACUACCUACACCACGGACGCUACACCCGAAACCGACAACAACGAGGUUGGAUCCCCUCUGUCCGCCAUCAAUGGUCUAUCCCGGAAUGUAUCGUUCACUUCAGCGCUUUCAUCCACCUCUGCAUCCCCAAUUUCAGCAGUCGCAGCUCAUUCACGCUCACAAAUUGUUUACUUUCCUUCCUACGUUGUUUGCCAGCUCUCCCAGGCUCCAUAUGCUGCACAGCCCAGCGUCCUCGACGAGACACGAUAUACUUACAAAAACGCCCGCUACUCCUACGAAGGCCGUGGAUGGGAGGGUUUUGAAAGCAUUACCAAGAUAAGCAAGACGUUGGGUUCACAGGUAAAGACCGAGUACUAUCAGGAAUUCCCUCUUCUUAGCCGGACGAAAUAUGUGUCUUCCGCUGUGGCGAAUACCAGCACACUGCUUCAGACCACCUCGAAUGUCUGGUCGUCCAUCUCGGGGAACAAUGGCAAAACUCAGCAUAUUGCUCUAUCCUUGACCGAGGAUAGCUACUACGAGGGCGGUGUACCUAGUUACGAUGUCAACGUAACCUAUCAAAACGACUCGUUCGGCAACAUCACAAGCACAAUCAUCCAGACGCAGGCCAGCGCCUCCCCUCUUACCAUUUUGUCGGAAUAUCAAAACGACACUUCGUCUUGGGUGAUUGGCAACAGAACGAGCGAAAUCGUCAAACAAGGAGAUGUCGUCCUUAAACAGACAAAUUACACAUAUGCUCCCAAAUCAAGUACGGUCACCGCAAAUAGCCAAUGGGUCAAGGAUAGUAUAUGGAUAACUCAAACCAUGGAACUCGAUGUCACAGGAAACGACGUCACCGUCAGUGGGCCGGGGCCGUCUCUCCGGAAACUUGCUUACGAUAACACGUACACGCACUGCACUUCUUCAACGGUUCACACGUCCGCAAAUAACACGCUUACGGAAAGUGCUACAUAUGACCUUACUAUAGGCCAGCCGAUCACCUCGACAACUCCUAAUGGUGAAGUAACAACUCUCAAGUAUGAUGUAUUAGGACGGGUAGUUGAGACCUCCUUGGGCAACAAGGUUGUCGCAAGGCGAUCAUACGAAGUCCAAGGGAACGACUUCCGCAAGGUCGAGGAAAGUCUUCUGGACUCGCCCCAAAGCGCCUUGUACAGGACCGUUAGCCACAUCGACGGGUUGAACCGCGUAUGGAGGACAGAGAGACCAAGGCCGGAUGAUCCCACCGACAUCAUAUUCUCAGACAUAGAGUAUGACGGCGCUGGUCGCCUUACGCGCUCGAGUCGUGAUUACUUCUCAGGAUCCACUCCACCAUACGCCACUGCGAGUUACGAUGCCCUAUCCAGAGUCGUGCAGAAAACCAUGCCUCCAGCGAGCUCGGAAGUUCUGCCCCUUACCAUCACAUAUAAUUACUCCUUCGACAGCGGAAGGACAAAGGUUGUAGAGACUCGUUCCGAUGGCAACGCCUCGAACGAUGCCACAACUACUCAAUACGUGCAGGCCCUUCCCAACCCCCAGCCUUCCAGCCAAAAUGUCGUACGGAACUUUAUCGUCGAAACCGUUGACGAAGUCGGGCAACCAGUCCAGACCAGCUACGACGCGAUGGGAAGGCCUAUCUUAAUUACUGAUGCAGGGGGAGUGCAGCUUGCUGUUGGUUGGGAUGGACUAUCCCGAAUUAUAGAUAAGAAGAUCUCUCACCCAGUCAGCGGCACGCCAAAGGUGACCCAACAUACAUCAGUCGUUUUUGACGAUCAUACCUUCCAGAGGACUGUUACCAACAAUCUGACCGCAACCAAUGUCGUGACAACAAUGGAUUGGGCUCAGCGGCCGCUCCAGAAGAUCACACCGGACGAAACACUAACAUUUUCGUACGAUACAGGUGGCCAGUAUACGAAGGAGCGGCUAGUGUCUGUAUCGUCGACGAGGAACAUUCAACACGUGUAUAACUACGAUAUUCACGGCAACCUCAUCUCCGAGACGCUAUCGGUUGACGGUUCAUCGUAUAACUCAGAAUACUCUUGGUCUCUCUCCGGCGGCCUCUUGCAAGCUACCAACCCUGAUGGUAGUGUCAUCAAGCGUACCCUGCUUAUUGAUGGUCAAUCUGUUAGCAAUAUCGACCUCCUCGACUCGAGCGGUAACAGGCGUGCAUACGUGGUAUUCGACGAUUACAGCGACGUCUUUAGUAGGCCUCUCAGAUGCACAUUUGGGAACGGCAUUAUCGCAACGGCUACCUUGGCUCAGAAUGGUACGGUCGCCACCCUCUCGCUUGAUAAGAACAACAAUCCGGUACAGUCUCAAUCCUGGCAAAUUGAUGCCUUUAGUCGCGUCCGUAGACAUGAUACCGUCACACCGUCCAUGGUGCCCGGCGAAGGUGAAAAUUCCUUUGUUUAUAACUCUGCAGGGCAGCUCACUCAGCGUAGUGUGAAUGCUAACCUCCGAUCUCAAGAGGGGAAAAAAACACCGGAGCUCUUCGCAUACGACCAAAGUGGGAAUCUAACCCGGAAAGGCGAUCUCUUGUUCGUCAAUAAUGGUUGGCAACUUUCUGAAAUUCGCAAUCAGACUGGGGCUACGCAGUACACCUUCGAAUACUCCGAUGAUGGAAAUAUGGUCUCGAAAGUCGACGCUGCUGGUCAGAUCCAAAGAUCGAUGGCAUACAACUCGGAUGGUCGACUUUCGGAUCUCGACGGGACCUCCUUUGUCUACGACUUCAGCGGUCGUUUGAUCAAGGCAACUCUACCCAAUGGCGAUGUUCGCAUCUAUCCGAGUCAAUCAUAUGAAGUUGACAUUGCUGCCAGCGGGGAGAAGACUCACACUUCCUACAUCGUCCAAGGAUACAGACGCGCUUCAUCCUCCUCCUCGCAGACGUCGUCUUCGGUCCUCUACUACCACACCGACCACUUAGGUAGCACAGUCGCUGUUUCCAACGUAGCGGGGGACGUUGUCACCGAGUACGAGUACGACCCCUACGGGCAAGUUCGCACCAUCAAAGGGUCUGACGUGUCGCGUUAUAAGUUCUCUGGAAAGGAGCAGUUCGGAGGUUUGUAUUACUUUGGGGCAAGAUUCUAUGACCCCGACAUCGGUCGCUUCUUGACAUUGGACAAUUAUGCCAUAGAUGUCAAGGGGCUCCGACCUUCGACCUUCAAUAUGUACACAUUUUCACGCAACGAUCCUAUCAAUUACAUUGACCUCAAUGGGAACGUUCCCUGGUGGCACUGGCUUGUUGAUGCCUUACUCGUCGUCGCCGGAGUCGCUCUCAUGUUUGUGCCAGGCGUCAAUGCUAUCGCCGUUGGCGUUGUUACAGGUGCCCUUAUAGGGGCAGGAGUAUCUGGAUUCAGUUACGACGUUUCAGCAUCUAUCUCGGGCGAAUCAAACGACAAGGAUUGGGGAAUACAACUUGGCAUUGGCGCAGUGAUAGGUGCUAUAGGUGGUGCUGCGUCGGCUGGAAUUGACGUCAUGCUGCCUGCCGCGUCGUUCGCUAAUCUAGCUGGGGCGACGGGAGCAAAUGGUUUGAAGGUUGUUGGCGGGUUUGUACUUCGGACAACCGCUCGAAUGGCUCUACAAACUGGGCUCAGCAGCGGGCUAAGCGCUUUGAACCAGGUUGUGCAGAACGCAAUAAGUGGUCGUCCACUUGGUGAGGGUGUGGCCGACGCUGCCGCUACUGGCGCAUGGCAAGGUGCGGCUCUUGCAGCCGUCGACUUUGGCUUUGGAGCCGCAAGCAGAGAAAAGACAGCGGUGAACAAGUUCUGGCAAAAGAAGGGCAGCUACGACCUAGUCCCUGCUAAGUUCAAUGGAACGAAGCUAGCACUCGACCUUGGUAACAGGGUCACUAAUCCCGGUGGUCAGGUCGCGCUCAAUUACGCUGCUUCCACAAUCCAGAAUGAUCAGGACCAGGACCAAGCGGGACCGCAAAACAAUCAGAGUGCUCAGAGCAAUGCACCUGGUCAAGUCAGCACCACGAUGCUUGGCUCCCAGAUUUCGUCCUUCCCAAGGUAUAUUCCUAUCCAAAAUGUCAGCCUGCUGUAG